AUGGAGAUUGCGAUAGGAGGAGCAGCACCGGCGGCGGUGGCAAGGAAGGACGGGGUAGCGAAGGCGUCAGGGGAGUACUGGAGCGAGGCGCUCAAGUCGUUCCUCGACCACAUCCCCGUCUCCUCCGUGUCCGGCGCGGCCCAGUCCUCCUCUCCCUCCCCAGCGUUGGAGCUCAACCUCGAUGGCUCCGUGCUGGACGCCAUCGGCUCAAUGUACCGCGGCGACGUCGGCGGCGCCGUGAUCGUCGACGAGGUCCACGGCACCCUCGGCAAGUUCGUCGAUCGCGACAUAGGCUUUGUCGAUUUCCCGAGCCUCGCAUUGUGGGCACUCGAGGAGCUUGACAAAGUGAGCACUGAACGAGAAGACAAAAGUUCUGACUUCCUCUCGAGUCUGGAAUGUCAUCCUCAGAUUGCAGAAACAAAGAUUGCAUGGUUAGCGAAGCUGUUCCUAUUGGAGCCAUUCUUCCCCGUUCGGUCGCAUGACACGCUCUUCCAUGCAAUGCUUCUCUUCUCGAAGCACCAGAGGCUCAAUGUGAUACCUGUCGUUGAGUCGGUGAACUCUAGUGUUGACGGAUUUGUUACUCAGAACGCGGUGAUCGAGUUGCUUCUCCAAUCAAGUGGUCUUGAAUGGCUGGAUAAAAUUGCAGAUAAACAACUAUCUGAAUUCAGGUUUGUCAACGCGAGCAAGCCUGUCUCGGUGUACUCAGAUCAGGCGGCGGCCGAUGCGUUCCGUGUUCUUUCCAAGGAGAAAACAGGAGUUGCAGUUAUCGACAGGAACACUCAGACUCUGAGUUGUGAAGAAUUCGUGAAGCUGAAGAACAAGAAUGACAAUGGCAGCGCAGAGCAUUCAUUAGCAUCUGAUAGCCAGAGCAUCCUCAGCCUCAGAAGCAGAGCGCAGCAAAGAGCAGGCCUGUCGGUAACGAACCGGAAAUCGGACACCCUGAAGCAAGCAAUGGAGAAUCUAGCUGCUUCAGGAAGCAGCUGCAGCUUCAUCGUGGGCGAGCACGGGCUCGUGGAAGGAGUCGUGACGACAAGAGACAUCAUCUCCGUCUUCUCCCCGCCGUGCAUGGACUCCAGGAUCGACGGGGGCACCUUCUUCUCGGCGGCGCUUGAGCAGGCCGGCUGCCGCGUUGAGAACGGGCAGAUGAUUAGGAACUCUUAA